UUUGGGUGAGCGCGCACUGUAGUGUGUGUCAUUGCAUUAUGUAAACAUUCUUACUGUGCCACUCUCAUUUUCUUGCAUAUUCCAGCUCCAGUUAAUGUGCCCCCACAGUAAUCUGAGUGUUGGCGAGCAGGAAGUGAUGCAGUUACCUUAAUGAAGAGUCAGCCUGUUAAAUAGCGCUUUCUCUAGACAUACCAUUAAAUCCAGUCUUUAGCUUUAGCUAUAAACACUCUCUGUAAAGUACUCGCGUUCAUUCACUCCAUCUCUUCUGCUUUCUUGGACUUCGCAUUCGGACUAAGAGAAAAGAAAGAAUGAAACCUGUCAUAUUGAUUCUCUGUCUGCUGGGAGCAGCCUAUGCUAAUCCAAUCUUGCAUAAAAUGGCUAUGGAGAUGAUUCAACAUGCAUCCAACUCUUCAGAAAGCUCUUCGAUAUCUGAAUCCUCCGACCAGAGCAAUACCUCAGAACUUUCAGAUGAGAAGUCUAAGGAAACUGUCUCUGACAGCAAUAGCUCAGAAUCAACUGAAUCAGACUCGAGCGAACCGUUUUCUAGUGAAAGCCAUUCUGUGGAAAGUCUGACUGGGAAAAGCGAGACUGCACUGACAUCAGAUAACACUCACAGCAGUAAAGAGAACGUUCGUAGGGGAUGGAUCUACACCCUCAAAUGGGUCCAUGUGAACAACAACAAUGGUAAAGUGCAAGCGACCAGCCAGCCAGAAGAGAAUGACAUCAAAUCCACAAGUGACGCAUCAAAAAAAAGUGAAAGCAGUGAAUCAAGUGAAAGCCAGGAAACGGCUGUUCCGAACACAAAGGAAGAGGACAACAGUGCCGACACAAGCGAAAGCACUGAAAAUAGUUCCAUUGUCGACGGUACUGAGUACAGUAACAGCAAUAGCAGCAGCAGCAGCAGCAGCAGUAGCAGUGAAAGCACCGAGUCCAAAAACAGCACAGUAGACAGCGAAAGUCGCUCAACUGAGUGCCAGCCAGGGGCUGACAGCCAAGAAUGUGACAGCGAGGAAGACUUUCCUCAGGAUAUCGGUGAUGAUGGUGCAACCGACCCCUUCAAUGGCAUCCUGAUGCCUGAUGUCACUGAGCCCUAGCAGCAGUUCUAAGACAUAAUUUUAUGACUCAAUGCUCUGAUAUCUGCAAAUGGAAAUCCCAGGAAUAUAUUAAAAUGGGAAUAUUUUAUUAAAGAAACUAUUUAAAGGAGGGUAUGUAAGGAAAUUGAUAUAAUAAUAUUAAUAUAAACUAUUAAAUAAAUGUUAAUAAAACAGUUUUUAAGGUACCUCAGUCUGUAUUUAACUUAAAAUUAAACGUGCUGUAGGCGUAGAUUGAUAUUUUGAUUUUAUAUUUUCUUUUUUAAUAUUUGCUUUUUAUCACUGAAUAUCUCUUUUUUAUUUAUAGAUGUUGUAGUCAUUUAUUUAUACUGUUGGUAUUAACCGUUUUCAAAUAAAUAAAGUAAAGAAAAAGCCA